AUGAUACCGUAUGCACCCAACGGCCAAGCUGCAUUGCAGCCAGAGCUCUGUCUACGCAGAAAAGAAAACGUGUACAAAAGCCAGGGCAGACAUUGUGCCACUGUCGAUCGGAACAGGAGAAGAGAGCUUGUUAAAGAGCUAUACAAAGAACUCUGGGGGUAG